AUGUGUCCUAUGUAUAAUCAUACAAAUCUAGCACGGACGGAUCUAUGCACCGACAGUGAUUGGAAGAAAUUAAUUAGGGUAUUUCAGGAGCAGCUUUUCUCAGCAGAGAAAAUAGUACUAAUUAUUUUUGCUGUUUCUACCAUUCUUGGAAACGCUUUGGUUUUGGUGGUCACUUGGAGAGAACGAAGUCUACAUCAACCAAAUAAAUAUUUUAUUGUUUGUCUGGCUGUCAGUGAUCUUUUGGUUGGUAUGAUUUUAGAACCAUUGAGGGUGUAUCAACUCAGUCUCGAUUAUGAAUCGCGGUUGACUAUAUCUGUUCAUCUAUGUCGUUUUUUGGUAUGGUUAGAUACCUGCGCGUUAGCAGCAUCUAUUUAUUCACUGACAUUCAUCAGUUUUGACCGAUUUAUUAAAAUAAAGAAACCACUUCAAUAUAGAUCAAGAAUGACAACAUCCAAAUCAUUGAAAAUUAUCUUUAUCAUUUGGUUGAUUUCAACUGCCUUUGCCACCUACGCGGCCACUCCUCAUUCAGGAAGCAGGGGAAUCUUGCUUACAAGCGUCGGAUUUUGCGGUCACAUCGACAAAAAAGCAAUGAAAAAUUUCUAUACUUUUCUGGCAGUAACUGCGUUUAUUCUACCCACAUUAGUUAUAGUGGUUAUGUACGCUCUCAUUUUUGUUGUUGUUCAUAAACGACAAAAGAUGCUGAGAAAUGGCGAACUGGGUCAAACCUGCAAUGAUCGGAACCAACGAAAUGCCUUUCUUCAAGAUCUAAAGAUUAUCCGAAUGUUAGUGGUCGUCGUGGGAGUGUUUAUACUUUGCUGGGGUCCUUACUUUAUUUAUAUAAUGCUUUAUCACCACGAUCCAAAUUUGAUUGAUUGGGAUAGCAGGUCAUUCAGGUACUCAUGGCGUCGGAUUAUCAUAACUGACUUAGUAAUAACCAGACUUCCUUAUUUGAACAGUUUAUGCAAUCCAAUAAUUUAUGCCUGUCUGGACCAAACGUACAGAGAAGCUUUCAAAAAUCUAUUUCAGCGAAUGAUGUGCCGACCAAGCUCAAGAAGACGAGAACUACCUGCGACAAUAGAGUUACCUCCACUGAGAACAAGAUAA